UUCCCCGCCCCCGUGAGCUGGAGCGUUCGGUGAUUGGUCGGUGCCUCCAUCCCCGCGGCCACCUUCUGGUCGCUGAUUGGCUGUCGCUCUGAGGGAGUUCGAACGAAGCGGGAAGCUCGGCCUGAGGAGAUCGGGGCGUCUGAGCGGAACGGCGGGCGGGUGGUGUUGGAGCGGCUCCUUCCCGUCCCAGAUCCUGUGGUAACGGCGCGAGGAGGUGAAUCAGCUCCCCUCCGGCUCCCCGCGCGCUUCCAGGCCCCGACCACCCUCCUUUCGCCGCCCCCCAGGCCGCCCUCCCGCCGCCAUGUCGGUCCGCCCCAUGGCCUACGAGACGCAGUUCUUCGGGUUCACCCCGCAGACGUGCAUGCUGCGCAUCUACCUGGCGUUCCAGGAUUACCUCUUCGAGAUGAUGGUGGUGGUGGAGAGCGUCAUCCUGAAGAAACUCGAGGCGCUGCCGGCCGUCCAGAUCAGCCGCUUCGAGAUCCGCAAGAGCACGGAGAAGUUCCUGCAGUUCAUGAAGGCCCGCUUCGACCAGCUCUUCGGAAAGAUGGAAGAGGUGCUGCUGCAGCUGGUGCUCAGCAUCCCCGACAACGUGCUGCUCCCCGAGGACAGGGUCCACCAGCAGUACCCCUACAGCCAGGAGGAGUUCCGUGCUCUGCAGGAUGAGAUCUCCCAGCUGCAGCAGCAGUGCAGGGCUGAGGCAGCCGCCGGGCAGGCGCUGCGUGCAGAGCUGGAGGAGCAGAGAGCCGUGCAGGCCGAGCUGGAGAAGGUUGUGCAGUGGUUUGAUGGGCUGGAGAACGUCUGCAGGGAGCACAGCACCAGCAACUUCAAGGAGAGCCUGGUGUUCCUGACACAGAACUGUACGAAGCUGCAGGAUGUGCUGAGAGACGUUGAAAGGAAGAGUAAAAAAAUAAAGAAACACCAACAGUUACUGUAAUGGAAAUCCCCAAAAGGCAACAAUGAACAUUGGGAUGGCUUGCUUCAAAUGAUGGGGUUUAUCUUUCCAGAAGCAUCUCUGGUGCCUUCCCCACACAGUCCUGCCAUGAUCCGCACUGAGUGCUGCUGGAGAGGGCUGUGUGGAGCUGUGUCAGUUUGCACCAGCCUAGCAAAUAGGGGAACAGGGACAGGAAAAGCCUUGGUUGUCUGGGGAAACACAGCUCUGACAGCAGUGCUUGGGAAUGAGUUCUUGGUUGGAUAACCUGACACCUUCCUGGCCUUAAUGUUAAGUUUGAACAACUUUAAAAUAAACAAAGCAUUUCUGUAAGGUUAUAUGAAUACAGAGGAAAAGAGGUGGCUCAUGUUUAAGCAAGGACACAGCUUGGCAACACAGCCAGCUGACACAGAAGCCACAGGAGGAAAUCAGCAACUCAACCACUUUCUCCUACUUCAGUUUAUGUUGAUUUAUUUUUAUUGUCCAGUGUCUUUUUUUCCUACUGAACAGUGAAGCUCAUUUUAUUAAUGCUUAUCAGAUACUGCUGCCUGAAUGCUGCGAGGCUGACUAGUGUGCUUGAGUCAUUUGAAGUCACUUAAUUAAGCUUUUUCUAUCUGUACUUCAUUCUAAACAGAUUAUUGUCUGUGUGUACCUCUGCACUGCUCUCAGGUUAUAACUCUCCUGUACAGGCUGAUUUGCUUGAAGUAGUCAUUAGUAAUUGGUACUUAACAAGCACGGAUGCUUGAAAAAUGUUAGCCACUGCUGCAAUAAAAGAUGCAUCUAAAGCAUAAAGCAGGUUUAGCAAUUCAUUCUUCCUGAACUUGAGGAGAUGGGGCGUAGGAGCAGCUUAGUGAAGCAGCGCCUCAGGUGUGUGACCUGCAGCACCCAGUGCCACUGAAAGGAAGGAAAUCGCUGUCUAAUGUUGAACUCUAGGAAAAAAAAAAGGGGGGGGGGGGGGGGGGGAGUAUCAGGAAGUGGUCUGUUUUGGCUAAAAAACAGAAUCUCUGUUCCUAAGAGAUUGCUGCUGCCAGAACAGAGAGCCACAGCCACAGGGAUGGCCGGGUGCUGAAGAUGCUGCUGGGAAUGGCAGCUCCGUGCCCUCCCAGAAGCAGUAAAAUAAAUGGGGCACAAAGAAUGUGCAUUCAGAUUGCAUUAGUGGUGGUACAUCUGAUUCGAGCAAAGAACGCCUGGUGGCUCCUGGCAGUUGCUCCUUCAUUUCAGGAUAUCUCUGGAAAUUCCUUUAUAAAAGAAAAGGGCUUUUUCCUGCUCUGUUAUAUUCCAGGAAAUUCACCUCUCGCUUCCCUGCAGAGGAAAUCCUGCUGCUCACUGCCUGUCACCCUUCUGCUGAAACACAUUAUUAUUAUUCCCUCAUGCCACCUUAAUUUGUAAUAAUUACUACUUGGAAUGGCAUUAGAAUAGAAGUCAGUUCUUAAUAAAUAUU